AUGGUACGGAUUAUGGUCUUCACAAAUAUAUACAGAAGCGAGGUCUACGAAAUUCGAUUUCAUGGUAUAUUUGUGAGAAUUCCACAAACGUCCCAAGGAGAAAACAAAUAUUUUCAUAAAACACUGACUUUGUCGAGUGCCGCAAGCGUAUAUACGGAUGUGAAUGCACAUAAACUGGAUGAAUAUUUGGACUGUGAAAAUUAUGUCGUUGACUGGGUCAAUCAACACGAUUACCAAUUAGUAAGGAAAUUGGGCAGAGGAAAAUAUUUUGAAGUGUUUGAAGCUAUAAAACUGACCAACAUUAAAAAAUGCGUUGUUAAAAUUCUAAAGCCUGUUGAAAAGAAGAAGAUUAAGCGAGAAAUAAAAAUUUUGGUAAACUUACACGGAGGCACCAACAUUAUAACACCGUUAGCCAUGGUAAAAGACCCAGUAUCACACACUCCUAUCUUAAUUUUUAAACAUGUUAAUAAUACAGAUUUCAAGCAGAUGUACCAAACACUAACAGAUUAUGAAAUACGAUACUACCUGUUCGUGUUGUUGGAAGCACUCGAUUAUUGCCACAGUAUGGGAAUUAUGCACCGCGAUGUGAAGCCUCACAAUGUUAUGAUUGAUCAUGAAAAUCGCACAUUGCGUUUAAUAAAUUGGGGUCUAGCUGAAUUCUAUCAUCCUGGCCAAAAGUACAAUAUUCGGGUAGCAUCACGCUAUUUUAAAGGGCCCGAAUUAUUAGUAGAUUAUCAAAUGUAUGAUUACUCUCUGGAUAUGUGGUCAUUAGGCUGCAUGUUAGCAUCAAUGAUUUUCCCAAAACCAUUUUUCAAUGGACAUGAUAAUUACGAUCGACUUGUUCGUAUAGCGAAAGUCCUGGGCACUGAAGAACUGUAUGCUUAUUUGGAUAAGUACAAUAUUGAAUUAGAUCGAAGAUUCCAUGAUAUUUUGCAAAGGCAUUCACGCAAACGGUGGAAACGUUUUGUUCAUUCCGACAAUCAGCAUCUUGUGUCGCCAGAAGCACUUAAUUUUCUGCUUUUACGUUAUGAUCAUGUUGAGCGUUUAACUGCACGUGAAGCAAUGGCUAUUGUUAAUGGCCAAAUUAAGUCCAACAAUCAACAGUAGAAAUACUAAUUAAAU